ACAAUGGCGCCGCCUAGAGUCUUGUCUUUGGUCUGCCAAUGUCUUGCCAAUCUUCAACACUAUUGCCACGCACGCGAGCCAAGGCAGGCCAGAAGUUAAACCACUGGCUUCUUUGCAGCUCCCUGGCCUUUCAUUAUGCCCAGGCUCCUGGAUCAGCGGGAAAAUCCCAGCAGGCCCAGCAAUCUUGACUCGAUGAGGUGCUCAUCAUCCAGCAUAACCACUGUCGUCAGGAUCCGGUAUCUGUGCGGUCGACAUAUCCACAUGGACUCUGCGCCAAACCCAUGGUAACGACAUCCACAAUCAUGCCAUUUCACACCAAUGCUGUGCCACCUUAUUGGGGCACAUUUCCACUCCCUUCAAUGACCAUCAACGGGUUUUCGGUGGCCGCCCACGCCUCCCUUUCGUGUUGAACGAGCAUCUAUCGGAAGCGAAAUGUCUUGGUUCUUACAAUACCAAGAUGUCGAUCGGACGCAUCUCUCAAAAGCACAUUAGUGGCGUUAUGCAUCGAAGUCAUGUCUUUCCGAGGGGUGAAUAAUCCACUGUCCGACCAUACGAGACGGCCUGCGCCACCACUUUAGGUAACGCUCGUAUCUUCUUGGCCAUUUCCGGAGCAUUUGCCCUCGAGUAUUCAGCAACAUAAAUUAAACAAACAGGCUUCCCUCCCCAGAUCUUUCCCCAGCAUUUCACCUCCUCCACAGUCUUCUGCUCCAGUCUCACUUCCCUCUGUCCAAAAUCCCCAUCAUCAUGUCUACCACACCCCCCUACGAGAAGGAUACCGUUCCCAUCCCAGAUGCUGAGGUAGAAAAUGCUGGGUCUUCUGAUGUUGUCGACGAGAAGACGGAGCGCAAGCUCAUGAGGAAGUUGGACCUUCGCAUCAUUCCCAUGGUCAUGUGGAUCUACCUCAUGAACUUUAUGGAUCGAGUCAACAUCGGCAAUGCUCGUCUCUACGGCUUCGAAGAAGAGCUCAACCUUACUGGUGAUCAGUAUCAGAUUGCUGUGUCUAUCCUCUUCGUCACCUACUGUCUAUUCGAAGCUCCUUCGAAUUUGAUCAUCAAGCGCCUACAACCCGCUCGUUAUCUGGCCGGCUUGACUAUUGCUUGGGGUCUUGUAGCCACCUUUACAGCGUUUGUCAACAGCUUUGCCAGCCUGGUCGUCUGCCGACUUUUGCUCGGUUUCUUCGAGGCAGGAUUGUUCCCUGGUGUCAUCCUGUACCUGACCAUGUUCUAUAAUAAGAAAAACAUUGCCUUGCGCAAUGCCUACUUUUUCGCCACAGCCGCAAUCUCUGGAGCAGCUGGUGGCUUGGUCGCCUACGGUAUCGGCUUCAUGGACGGCGCUGGUGGAUGGCGUGCCUGGAGAUGGAUUAUUCUAAUCAAUGGAAUUCCGACAAUCCUGACUGGACUCGUUGUUCCUUUUGUUCUACCAAACGAUCCCCAGACUGCCAAGUUCCUCACCGAGACUGACCGACGAAACAUGAUUCUCCUUCGUGAAGCCGAGAUUGGACAGACAAAGAGCGCUCAAGUUCUUCACAAAGAAGACGUCAUGAAGGGUGUUAAAGAUUGGAAGGUUUGGGUCUACCCUAUCUGCCAAUACUGCAGCAACACUAUGCUCUACAGUUUCUCCAUCUUUCUUCCCACCAUCAUCCAACAAAUUGGUACUUGGUCUACCGCGGAAGUUCAGUGCCUCACCAUUCCUGUCUAUGUGACUGGCGCAAUCGUCUACAUUGCAGCUGCGCGUGUCAGCGACAUUACCCAACAUCGUGGUCUCUUUUGCAUGGGCGCGACAGCGACUAGCAUCUUCGGCUAUUGCUUGCUCAUCGCCAAUGUCAACUCUCAGAUGAGUUUCGCUGGAUGCUUCUUUGUCGCUGCUGGUUGCUAUACCGCAACAGGCACAGCACUUGCAUGGCUUUCCAGCAACUGCCCACGAUAUGGGAAGCGAGCGAUCGCAGGUGGUCUUCAGUUGACUGUGGGAAACAGUGCGGGUGUUGCCGCACCAUUCCUCUUCCAGUCUAUCUAUGCUCCUACUUAUUUCCCUGGAUAUGGUGCUACCAUUGGUCUCCUUUCCCUGUCAUUCUCCCUCUUCACAACCAUGCAUUUCUACUUUAAGCGACAAAACAGCAAGAGAUUGGCAGGACUUGAGGACUGGAAGAUGGAAGGCAAGACCGAUGAGCAGGUUGCUGAGAUGGGAGAUGACAGCCCAAAGUUCAUGUAUACCAUCUAGGGGCAUGUCAGCUGUGAAAUCCUCCAAACCCCCAAUUACUCUGGCGAGAUUUUUGGAAUCUACAGAUCUAUACAACCAAGUUGCUGAGUCAUGAUUCUGUACAGAGAUCAUCGUCAAUGUCUAUAAAAGAGUCU